AUUAACAUCUGGAGCAGAGAGGACAACAGUCCUGUUUACACAUUGUUAAUCACAGAGAGGAGCUUAUGACCAGAGAAAGGAAAGAGGGGGACGGAAGUGAGAGUUAAAGACAGAUGAACAUUCAUCAUUUGAACUAAGCAGACAGUGGAAAUAAGGAAUGGACUGAAUGGAAUAGGUUAAGAAUAUUCCCAAAAUUUCUUUUGAAUUGGACACGUUGCAGUCAUCACUGUCAUGUCGGACAGCGCCGGCGGCUGAUUGGGCAAUUGGACACCAAAUCAAGAAUACAGGCUUUCUUGUGCACUGCAGGAGCUGAGUGAAAUGACACCCAUAAAAGGGAAUUUUGCUGGGAUUUUUGUAAUAACAUUAAGCUACUUUAUCCAGUCUUCAGUUUCAUAUAACCCCCACAGAACAGAACCAUCAACACCAAAGAAGCUUCAGUAUCUCCUCGAGCCUCCUGUGCAGAUUGAGGUGGCUGGCCGAAGGGGAGAUAAUGUUUCGCUGCCAUGCAUUCUCCGAAUCAAACCGAACCAUUACAAGAUUAAAUGGACAAAGCUGGAUCCUGAGCAUUUAGGGCAACAGAAUAUAAUAAUGAUAUCAAAUGCAAAUGCUUUUAAGCCAUAUGGGCCAGUUGGACGGCGGGCUUCUCUGCUGAGGGCUCACACCAUGGACGCCUCCCUGCUGCUCAGCCGUCUUGAGCUGUUAGAUGAUGGCAGGUAUCAGUGUGAGCUGAUAAAUGGCAUUGAGGAUGAGAACAUUGUGAUCACUUUGAGGAUUGAAGGUGUGGUUUUCCCAUAUCAAAGUAAGCAUGGACGCUACAAAUUCAACUUCCAUGAAGCCAAGCUGGCUUGUGCUGAGCAAGAUGGCAUGCUAGCGUCCUACAGCCAGCUUUACAGAGCUUGGACGGAGGGGUUGGACUGGUGCAAUGCAGGUUGGAUUCAUGAUGGGACAGUUCAUUAUCCAAUCGUUCAUCCUCGACCCGUCUGUGGAGGAAACUUGCCAGCAGGCAUUCGCAGUUAUGGGCCAAAAAAUAAGAACCAUGAUCGGUUUGAUGCUUUCUGCUUCACAUCCCAGAUACCUGGCUCUGUAUUCUACAUAACCGGAUCUUUCUCCUAUGAUCAGGCAGUUUACGCCUGCAAACGUCAGGGAUCAGAGUUGGCUUUGGUGGGCCAGCUUUAUGCCGCCUGGCGUUUCCAGAAAUAUGACCAGUGUAAUGGUGGCUGGCUGAAAGAUGGCAGCGUUCGCUUUCCCAUCGUCAGCCCCAGGAAACGCUGUGGAGGCGUCCCAGAAGCAGGGGUCCGCACAUUUGGAUUCCCCAGCAAAACAAGUCACCUUUAUGGAGCAUAUUGUUACAGAUAACCCAUGU